ACAGAAUGUGAGCGCGAAAAUAUUCCAGUCAAUGUACCCGAGAAAAAGGUAGCUACUGUAACUAAAGAACCACUUCAGAAAAAGGUUAUAAUACCUACAAGAAGGCCUCUCAUUGUCAUCCGGCAAAAUCCCACUGUAUCGCCGAACAAUGCCGAGAUAGGCUUACUCUCCGGCCGUCAGCAAAAGCCUACUAGUGGCGAGGAUAAGGUGUUUGAUACAAGUGGAGGUACGAAAUCACUCUCAGGGCCUCCGAAGAAUCCAAUAAUAGCAGUGAGGCGAAUAAAGGCAAUUCCAAAUUGUACCUAUGGUGGGAUAGGCUUUUCCCAUAAACACAAAACGUCUAGAACUAUCCAUCCUAAAGCCAAAUCGCCUACUUUUUAUCCUCCGCAGAAGCAGUCCACAUCAUUUAGGAGAAAUCCUAUGAUCAUCAUCAAAAAUCUGAAACGCAAGGCUUCAUCUGAUCUUGUGGAAUCCGUACAAUCUUCUGAACAGAGCACAUCUGGUGGUGUUGGUCUCAAUUUAUCAGUGACAAAGGAUAAUCUCAGCACGGAACCGUCUAGAAAGAAAUUUGCCGUUAAGGUACAACCUUGCCUUUCCAGAAAGCCCCCUUUCGUUCUUAUACGAAAACCUAGAACUUCAGGGGACCCAGCGGAAACAGGUUCCCAUGCUAAACAGCAGGAAACAUCAUCUGAUCAUACUGUGAAUCCUAAUCCAUUGACGAAGUUAACUGCAAAAGUUCCCUUUUUCAAGAAAAUUCCGGUCAUUCUUCUCCGAAAAAAGCCCAAAGAUCCAAACACUCCUGUCAAAGUGCAGCAGUGUUUGUCUGAACCCGAGAAAAGGCCCGCUAAUGCUAAUGUUAGCGAGAAAAUGCCUGAAUUAAAUCCUGCUAAAGUGCAAGUGAAGGAUGACUCUACUAAACCUUCAUCAUCUCAUAUUCUUCCUUGUAAAUUACCAUUUAAGAAGAAACGUUUUUUUCUAAGCAAAGGCGAUGUGAAACUUAAU